AUGGCGGGUACUUGUAUUGCCACCGUUAAAAUUGUCGGUGUUUCAUCAUUAGGAUUAUUGACGUCAUCAUUAACUUUCCAAACUAUUCAAAGAAUACCAGAAUUAAUAAAUGAAUUAAAUACUAAGGUAAACGGUUUGUCCAAAUCGAAUGCUUUGGCAUCGAUCAGAAACAUGAUCAAUUUUAGUAGAAUCGGCCAUAUUGCGUUGAGUGGAUUAGCAACCGCUAUGUUGAGUAUGGCUUUUAUUUAUUCACCACCGAGUGAGAAGCAUCCGUAUUUGAUCUAUUCGGCAUUGGGAGCCCCAUUGGCGCUCAUUUCUAUGUAUUAUCGUGGAUUUGGAUUGGAAACUAAGUUAUUGCGUAAAGCAGACAAUUUACAUUCACACAGAGAAAUAGCCAAAACUACGGAUAAUGUUAGUGAUUCUGAAAAUGUGAAGAGUGACGAUGACUCGCAAUUGGGUAAGUCGUAUAUUCAUGUUUCGGAUGAAGAGUCCUCAUCUACCACAUCAACACCAACUUCAACCGUGCCAAGUUCUCCUCAGACUAAAACUGUUGAUUCCUUACAAGAAGAAUUGUCAUUGGAAGAAGAAAUCGACAAUGCCUUGUCCAAGAAAGAAAUUAUCAAUGAUUUAAACAAGGUUAAAUCUAAUUAUGUUGUAGGUUCAUCCAUAGUUGGAUUAAGCUUUGUUAUUGCAACCAUUGGCUUAAUUGGAGACUACUAUUUAUUAUGA